UUUAGCCAUGGUUUUACCUACAUCGUGAUUCAUACAUUUUAAAACCAUGACAGCAGCGUUUAAUUUUACAGUGGUAAAAUUUAGAAAUGAAUACACCUAACUAAGAGGAAUGCUGAUAAUAGAUGUCCGACUUUAUCAUUCGCCGAAGACGUCUAAAACUAAACUCCACAAUAAUUAUUGUACAUAUGCAUGCUUGUCGUCCAAAACAGCCUACAUCACUGCAAAAUGUUUUUCCUUCGUCCGUAGGCCGUAGUGCUGUUUUACACAAUACCUGUUACUUGUUUACUAUAGUUAUAACUUAUAACGGUGCAACAAUUAGUAACAACUGAUCUUUUAAAAAGUAUUAGGAUAAGGUCUGUGAGAGUAUGUGCAUGUCACAGACAACAGUAGAAUGUUGUGACUCGUGAAGUUAUAAGUAUAUAGUUACUAGUUGUCAUGCUGUUCAUUGCCGAACUCGAGGCGCCAUACUCACUCUUGUAGUCGUGUAUAUAAGCAUUACGCGGUUUAGUUCAUUGACACCCCUAAACGUUGCCGCUGACUUGAAUACCGACGUCGACGGCCAGUGGUCACUAACCAGUCAUUUGGAUUACCAUUUACCUGCUCCACAGCUAGUUUGUUCCAGUCAGCCAAUAUGUCCGACGAUGAAAAUUCAGAAGAGUAUGAAGUUGAAAAAAUAAUAUUUCAUCAAGUAAUAGGUAAUGAAAUUGUGUACUUUAUUCAAUGGAAAAACUGUGAGUUGAAUCUGAACACAUGGGAACCCGAAGAACAUUUGGUUAACUGUUCUGAAAUUCUUAAAGAAUAUAAGUCUAAAAAUAAUUUGUUUAAAAAAAAACGAUAAAUAAAUAUUGAUGUG